AUGGCCCCGUCACUCUACCAACUAAUUAGUGAGGAUCGAGAACCGCCGCUUCGAAGAAUGUCUCAGAAGGAGUGGUACUGCUCUCGUGCCGGGGAGAAUCCCAAAAUCAUCGCUAGUAAAGAACAUGUCCUUACCUCCGAUACCGAUUGGAUUUUUACAAAAGAUCCUUACUAUCGAGCUCGGUUUGGCAAAGAGCUUUCAAAGCUCCACUGGGUAUCACCGCCGUCUGACGGCCGAUCACCCGCAGCUACAGGUGCUUGCGCGCACGCCACCUAUGCCUCAGGAGAUCCCUACAGUAAGGAGAACCUGUCGCACUCGCAGAUAAUUGCCGAAGCGGCACCUUUUGACGAGUUGCUCCCUCGUUGA